AUGAGGGUUUUACUGUUGAAUGCUGUAUCAAGUACUAUCAGAAAACAAUGCUAUUCUACGAGAAAUGUGAAGAAGGUGACCCAUUGUAUCUUUGACAUGGAUGGACUCUUGUUGGAUACUGAACGAGUUUAUAAAAACAUGAUCACACAACUUUGUGCCAAGUAUGGUCAUAAAUAUACUGAUGAAUUGAUGAUGAAAGUUCUUGGAGGGACAGAGCAACGGCUAUCUGAAAUAUUGUGCAAAGAAUUAAAUCUUCCUGUAUCACCCACUGAGUUCAGGAAUCAAUUGUUAGAGCUUGGGGAUACUAUGCUGGCUGGAACUCCUUUGUUAAAUGGAGCAGAAAGACUUAUUCGACAUCUCCACAAAACGAAGGUGCCAUUCGCGCUUGCAACUUCCUCAAGUGAACGUUCAGUGAAAACCAAAAUAGAACCUCAUAAAGAACUAUUCAGCUAUUUUCAUCAUAUGGUCAUGGGGAGUACUGACAAGGAAGUGAAGUAUGGGAAACCACACCCCGACAUAUUCUUGGUAGCAGCAAGCAGGUUUCCUGACAAGCCGGCACCAGAAAAGUGUUUAGUAUUCGAAGAUUCACCACACGGUGUGACAGCAGGUGUAUCAGCUGGUAUGCAAGUAGUGAUGGUGCCAGACCCCCACUUGGACAAGAGACUGACAACCCAUGCUACGGUAGUGUUGCCAACGUUAGCCAAAUUCCAACCAGAAAUGUUUGGGCUACCACCCUUC